CGGACGUUUUUUAGGCAGCACAACAAUGGGAACAUCGACGCCAGUGAACUUGAUCCUCUUUAUUUUAUUCAUCUUUGGAUGCAAGUGCGCCUCGGGUUUCGCCUGCCCGAAGAUCUGCCGCUGUUUGUCCAACACAAUCAGAUGUAACAAUGUGACAGAAGGGUCCGCUCAGAUGAUGGGCCACAGAGAUAACAGACUGUUCCUCUAUCACUUGUCUUUGCGCACUAUUUCAAGCCAUUCUUUUGAGGGUUUGAAAAAAGUCCAGAGGAUUGAGAUUGCCCAAAGUAUUACCCUGGAAACCAUUGAGGCAUUAGCGUUCAAUAACCUUCCCAAUCUCUCUGAAAUUUCAAUCCAGAACACCAGGAGUCUGAUGCACAUUAGCAAAAGGACAUUUAACAACCUGCCCAAACUACAUUACCUGAGCAUCUCAAAUACUGGGAUAACAGUUUUUCCUGACAUCACAUCUAUCAAUUCUCUUGGAUCCGAGUUUAUCUUGGAUAUCUGCGACAACCUGUAUUUACUGGAAAUCCCUCCAAAUGCUUUUAUUGGAAUGACAAAAGAAUACGUUACGAUGAACCUGUACAACAACGGCAUCAGAGUAAUACACGACCACGCCUUCAACGGGACAAAGAUAGAUAAACUGGUAUUAAAGAAUAAUCGAAACCUCAGAGUGAUCCACAGAGAUGCUUUCAAAGGAGCCACGGGGCCUGGAGUCUUGGACGUGUCCGCGACGGCUCUCGCAAAGUUACCACCACAGGGACUGGAGUCAGUUCUGGUGCUGUUCGCUCAAUCAGCGUACGCCCUAAAGAGUCUGCCUCCUCUGCAGGGACUGUGGAGUCUACGAGAGGCCCAUCUCACCUACAACAGUCACUGUUGUGCACUGCUGAGCUGGAACACCCACAGAGACUUUCCCGUUAAUCCUGCAUCAAAUAACGACUCCACAUAUUGUGAUGAGAACAACCCAUCGGCAAGGGUUCAGCGUGUGAUUGGAGGUUCAGCAGACACAACUCUAGUUAUGGAUAUGCCAUUUUUCUCAGAUGUUGAUCUGUUUGUGGAGGACGAAGGCUUUGGAAACGUGAAUUUCCACUAUCCAGAACUGGACUUCUGUCAGACCCGACCCACAUUGGUUUGCACGCCCGAAGCAGAUGCUUUCAAUCCCUGUGAGGACAUUGCAGGCUUCAGUUUCCUCAGAGUUGCCAUUUGGUUCAUCAACAUACUGGCCAUCACAGGCAACCUGACGGUGCUCCUGGUCUUCUUCACCAGCCGGAACAAGCUGACGGUUCCUCGCUUCCUCAUGUGCCACCUUGCUUUUGCAGACCUUUGCAUUGGGAUCUAUCUUCUGAUGAUCGCUAUAGUUGACCUGCGCACACAUGGUCACUACAGUCAACAUGCUAUUGAAUGGCAGACAGGGCCUGGCUGUAGUGCUGCAGGCUUCCUGUCUGUGUUUGGUGGGGAGCUGUCAAUCUACACACUUUCCAGCAUCACUCUGGAGCGCUGGCACACCAUCACCAACGCUCUGCAGACAGAGCGCCGUCUGGUACUUAAGCAGGCGGCGAGUAUAAUGGCAGCUGGCUGGCUCAUCUGUCUGGGGAUGGGGAUGCUGCCCCUGAUUGGUGUGAGCAGCUACACCAAAGUCAGCAUGUGCUUACCCAUGGACAUCGAGACGCCACUGGCUCAGGCGUUCAUCAUUAUUAUCCUGCUCUUCAAUGUGGCUGCCUUCGUUGUUGUGUGUGUUUCUUAUGUGCUGAUCUAUCUGGCAGUAAAGAACCCAGAGAUCCCCGGAAGAAGCGCAGACACCAAGAUUGCAAAGCGCAUGGCCGUGCUCAUCUUCACUGAUUUUCUCUGCAUGGCACCCAUCUCCUUCUUCGCCAUCUCUGCUGCAUUCAAGGUUCCCCUCAUCACCGUGACAAACUCCAAGAUUCUGCUGGUCCUCUUCUUCCCCAUCAACUCAUGUGCCAAUCCCUUCCUCUACGCAAUCUUCACCAAGGCUUUCCGGAAGGACGCCUAUCAGCUCAUGAGUGCCAUGGGCUGCUGUAAAAGCAAGGCCAGUGUUUAUCGCAUGAAGGCCUACCGCUGCGAUAAUGCAAUCAAGAGCAACUUGGGAUCCAAAAAUAAAAGAUCCCGUGCAGGAAUGAGGCUGGCUGACAUGCCAGAACAGAGCCAUCGCCUGAAAGAGGAGGGAGAGCUCACCUGAGUUACAAAACUGGAGACUGUUAGACUGUUAAUAAGACAAUUGGACAACAGAGGAAACUAAGGAAAAACAACUCAUGCUGGAUUUGGAGGAAAUUAUUUACUUAAGUAUAAGAAAAAAUAAUUUAGUAGACUGAAAACGCCAAUAAAAAAGACAUGUUGACUGAUCAUAACAGGAAAAGCACAGA